CAAUCUGUAAUAUAUAAUUCGACCAGACCAUUAUGAUAGGUGUACUCUGUACAUUGUUAAAAGCCAUCACUCUCGAACACCUUGCAACCCCAUCUAGUAUAUAUAUAUAUAAAACACACGCGCAUAUGUCCAUAUCUAAUACAUAUUAAAAUGAUGUGACAGGUUGGAGGUUGCCGGGUCUCUUCCUGUUUCUGGUUCUGGUGCUGAUGCUGAAGGUUGAUGCUUUCCCCCUUCGAUUCUCGCCCUUUUUUCUCUCCGUCAUGGCGGCUCAGAAUUCUCCAGCUUCAAACUGCAGCUGGUGGCCGGUCUCAACGACAGAAAACGAUGGUAAGAUUAACGAAGGUGACCAAAGCAGCACCCCAGCCACAGAACAGGUGGGAUUGUUCUCGGAUAAAAACGAAAAAGGCAGCAGCGACAGCAUCGUCUUGUAUCAUUGGACUCAGUCGUUCAGCUCUCAGAAGGUCCGUCUACUGAUUGCAGAGAAAGGUGUGCAAUGUGAUGAACGAGAUGUUAGUUUACCAUUAACUGAACACAAGGAACCAUGGUUUAUGCGCCUGAACCUAGGUGAAGAAGUGCCAGUACUGAUCCAUGGGGACAAUAUCAUCAGUGAUUACGACCAAAUUAUUGAUUAUCUAGAGAAGGUCUUUGUAGGAGAAAACUUCUCAACAUUAAUUCCAGAAGCAGGGAGCCUUACUUAUUCUAGAAUGCAGCACUUUAAAGACUUGCUGGACUCACUGCCCAUGGAUGCCUACACUCACGGCUGCAUUCUACAUCCAGAACUGACCACUGAAUCCAUGAUCCCAAAGUAUGCCACAGCUGAAAUCCGCAGACAUUUAGUAAACACUGCUGCAGAACUCGUGAAGCUUGACCAAGAACAACCUCAACUCACAGAGCCAUAUCUUUCCAAACAAAAAAAACUAAUGGCUAAGAUACUUGACCAUGAUGAUGUGAACAAUCUGAAGAAAAUUCUUAGUGAGUUAGGGAAAGUUUUAGAUCAAGUGGAAGCAGAGCUUGAACAGCGAAAGCAUGAACUAACAGGACAGAAGUGUGAAUCUUGGCUUUGUGGAUCAGUUUUUACCUUAGCGGAUAUCUCCCUUGGAGCAACGUUACACCGCCUAAAAUUCUUGGGGCUCGCUAAAAAGUACUGGGGAAAUGCAGAUCGACCCAAUUUAAAAGCAUAUUUUGAAAGAGUGCAGAAACGUACUGCAUUUCGAAAGGUUUUAGGAGACAUACAUACCACAUUGCUGUCAGCUGUUUUGCCUAACGCAUUCCGCCUUGUGAAAAGAAAACCACCUUCUUUCUUUGGUGCCUCAUUUUUAAUGGGAACCCUAGGUGGAAUGGGAUAUUUUGCUUACUGGUAUCUCAAGAAAAAGUAUAUGUAAAGGAGUAAAUGUAAUUCUGCUGUCCGUGUAACGUGAUAUUAUGGAAUGUUUAAAAAAAUGACCAAUUUCAGUAGGUGAAUUCUGUAGUACUGUUUACAUUCCAUGCCAUAGAAUGGUAUAUUAUGCAGCACAUAUUCUUUAACUGCUGUUUCUUUCUUUUUAAAUGCAUAGGUUUAGAUUUCCAAUGCAAAUUGCAGGCCUGACUUUAUCAGGCAGCACCACCAGAUAGCAAAAUUAGAAGUGAAUCAACUGACAGUUAGGAAGUUGCAUUGUAUAUUACAUUUUAAAAGCUAACAAUCCAGCACAACUCUGCCCUGUUGAUAAUAUUUAGAAAUAAACAGGCUCUGGGGAGUUGGACUAAAGCCAAUUUUCAUGAGACGUAUCACUGACUUCUACCAAGUCAGUCUGCUCAAGUUAUUUUAUGAUCAGAUUUAUACAACUCACGUCGUUCCAACCAUGUUUUCUUUCUGCUUAUUUUAAGUAUUAACUCUGCUUUAAGAGGUAUUAAUGGAUAUUUUCUCAAAUAUACAUUUAUUACUUCUGAACAAAUUAUGAAUGUAUUUCAUACUUGCAAAGAAUGAAUUAACAUUCAUAAUUGAGUUAAAAAAUAGAAGUGCACUUACUUGACAUUCAAAUGGAAUUUUAAUUUGAAAACAUGUCAAUACUCCCUAUUCAGGGUUUAAGAUCGUUCUGCAGUUCAGUGGAAGACACACAAUCUGCUCCUGGGCCUUUCUGAGUCUGCAUUCAGUGACUGAAGAGCAAUAAUCAUCAUGUGAAUUUUCCAAUUUUUCUUUUCAGUGGGGUAUAUGUGCAGCUAGCAAUUCUACCCUAUAUCCCAGAUGAAUUCAUGAGUUAACUGUUUGUGAUUUACAUGCAAUAGCUUAUUUUUCAUUACUCACUUUCUGGUACUAUAAUGUGCUGUUUAUUCAGACUUUUUUUUUCUCUUUUCUAGCCUUUGCCUGUAUUUUAUCUACAUUGCUCCCCUCUUUCCAAAGGCAGCAAUUCAUGCUAAGACAUUGUUCCACAUGCAUCAUUAUUCCCUCAUUGCCUAACUGAAAUAACUAUUCAUGAUUUGCAAACUAAUUAGCAAGUGCUGCGAGGAUAUUGGCACAAUCCACCAGAGCCAAAUAUGAGCUCAGAUUCACUUGACAUCCACACACCAAGCUAUUUGGAGUGGAAACCUUAUUGAAUACUCCAGGGAUGCAGAGGCCAGCAUAUCUGCCCACUACCCAAAACAGAAUCAGCUGUCAGUAGAGAUCAUAAAUUUGAUAGAUUUUUUAGAGUCCAUUGCUCACUAAUGACAUUUAAUUAAUGUGUCACGUGGGGGAUCUUAAAUCAAACAUUCCUUCUUAGCCAUUUUAUUUUUAGCCAGAAAGUAAAACAAAAUGGAUUUGUAGUGGCCAAUCGCAGCCCACUUGACAAAUUGUAUAUAAUGAGGUGACUAGUUUUAAUAAGGUCUGUUAUUAACAUCAAAGUCUAAUUAGCUCCAUAUAUUUUAAAACGUAUCUUUUGAACACAAAAAAAAGAAGCAUCUGUAAAUUCUACAUCCAUUCUAGAGCUUUAAGUGCAUAGAAAAAUGUCUAUGCAAAAUUACAGCAUGCCAGUGGAUUUGAGACAAGCCCUAAGAAACCUACACGCAGCUUAUUGAUGAUAACAUACAUUUCCAUAAUCCAUAUCAUAAUUCAAACUAUAUUUAUGCCCAGAUUUAUGUACAGAAACUGUAUAGAGUCAUAGGGUUUUACAGCACCAAAACAGAGCCUUCAGUCCAAUUGUUCCAUGUUGACCAGAUAUCCUGAACUGAUCUAGUUCCAUUUACCAGCAUUUGGCCCAUAUCCCUCUAAACCCUUCCUAUUCAUAUAUCCAAACAGAUGCCUUUUACUUGUACCCACCUCCACCACUUCCUCUGACAGCUCAUUCCAUACAUGUGAUACCCUCUGCGUGAAAAAGUUUCCCAUCAGGUCCCUUUUACAUCUAUCCCCUCUCACCAUAAACCUCUGCCUUCUAAUUUUGGACUCCCCUACGCUGGGGAAAAGGAAACACCUUGGCUAUUCACCCUAUCCAUGCUCUUCAUGAUUUCAUAAACCUCAAUCUCCAACUUUCCAGGGAAAAAAGCCCCAGCCUAUUCAGCCUAUCCCUUUGGUUCAAAUCCUCAAAUCUUGGCACCAUCCUUGUAAAUCUUUUCUGAACCCGUUUAAAGCGUAACAACAUCUUUCCUAUAGCAGGGAGACCCGAAUUGAAUGCAGUGUUCUAUAAGUGGCCUCACUGAUGUCCUGUACAGCUGCAACAUGACAUCCCAAUGCCUAUAUCCAGUGCACUAACCAAUGAAGGCAAGCGUGUCAACGUCCUCUUCACCAGCUUGACUACCUGUGCUAAGGAACUAAGCACUUGCAUCCGUAGGUCUCUUUGGCAACUCUCCCCAGUUAACUGUACAACUCCUGCCCUGAUCUGCCUUACCAAAAUGCACCACCUCACAUUUAUCUAAAUUAAACUCCAUCUGCCAGUCCUCCACCCAUUGGCCCAUCUGAUCUACUGUUGAAUGUAAAACUUCAGAAGGAAGCAAUGAAACCAGGAUUAGAGAAUGUUUUCAGCUUUUGUUCAUAUUUUAUGUUAGUGUCCUUAAUGCGGUCCCUGGAUAAGAACCAUAAUCUACUCCACUUUUGCCUGAUAUUUGUUUGUGCAAUUUGAAAUGUUAUCAUCCUUAUGAAAAUGUUCCACAAUGAACACAGCUGAGCUUUCUCUUAGAAGGAAAAUGGCACAUGCUUCAAAUUUCUCAAUGAGAAAACAGUGGUUCGUGGCAUAAAAUUGUAAAUUUCAAAUAAUCUCAUCAGUAUUUUAACAUGUUCCCUUUGUAGCGCAGCAGUUGUGGUUUUAAAAAAAGGAAGAGCUUUUGACAUUGGAUGCUCCUGAUCAGAACAAUGCAUUCUCAACAUGGAUCAAUUUUUGCAAUUUAAGAUCACCCAAAUUUUGUUGCAGUUUCCUUUCUUAGUCAGAAACUGAAAUAAUAAAUAUUGGUCAAAGUACAGCUCUUGCCUUCUACAGAAUUCUCUACAGUUUUAUUUUUAAAAAUGAACAAUUUAAGCAGUUUUAAUACUUUAAUCUAAGUUUGCUUCUCCUGAAGAUUUCAAACAAGUUGCUUUCCUAAACAAGCCACUGUAUCUUCCAAAUUUGACUUUAACAUUGAUAUAGCUACCUGAUGUAGGAGGAAGGACCUCGUUUUCAAUGUUUACAUCAGGAAUCUAGCCUUCCUGACAAUACAGCAGCCUUAAAACAUACGCCAUCAAAAUGAUAUCAUCUUGAACAUUUCUUAAAUAAUACAUUCUCUAUUUGAUGGUAAAUUUCUUUUAAAGAAAUCAAAAUGUACUGUGUCAGUGUUUCAAUUUACUGGUAAUAGUGUGAAUAGACUGAUUAUUAGUUCCAGUUUCUCUCUCCAUAAGAUGAAGAAUUGUGUACAAAAAAAGGUUUUAAAACCAGUUAGCUAGUUAAUGGAUUUGCCAUGAAUUUGUAGUAUUUUGUUUUGCCCUAAAAGAAGCAAGUGUCUUUUUUAGAAAACGCAAAACAAGUGAUGGAUUGAAUAGUAAAGACACAUGCCUGAGGAAAGAAUAUUACAUGUGCAUAACAUUUUAAAUUUCAGAAAUGAAUUUUCAAACUUGCUGUAAACUCUAAAUGUAGUGCAUACAGGGCAAAACGUCAUAGAGUAACAUAGUCAAACAUGAGCAUGCUUAUAUUUUGCUUUGUGGAGCCAUUAGAAUUUACACUAGGUUUGGCAAAUUCUCUGGUUGUCAGUUGCAUUUGCCAAAAUCAUCCAUAAUGUUACAAAAGUAAUAGAAUACAAAACCAUUUUAAUGUAGUUCUUAGCUUGAAAUAACCUAGAAUAACAGCAUUAUACAUUUCAAUCAAUCUACCAUUAAUAUGUGAUGUAAAAUACAUAUUCACAAACUCUGCAGUUGACAAUUAGUAAAAUGAAUAAGAAAAACAGUGAAUACUGCUCAUUUAUAAGAGUGAUUGUUUUAUUGGACUAUCAGACCAGAAUUUACUUUUUUGGAAAAUGCAUCUGCAUUCAUAACAGAAUUUAUACAUCCAUAGUCUGGCCUCUGGCCACUGAUUGAAGGACCUCCUUCUUGUAAUUAUCAAAAAAACCCACAAAAUAAUAAAAUAGCACUUUCCUUUUAUGUUUGUAUUUUGAAGCCAUCGUCCAUUCUCAGUUCCUGAAUGCAGGUCAGUAGCUAUGAAACAGCAAACAACAUAUCCUGCAAUGCCAGUUUCCCACCAAGUUUCCAGCGCAAAUAAAGAGCCAUUCACAAAUAAUUCAGCAUUCUAUUCACAUCUAGUUGUCUGACUAGGACAUCAGGACUUGAUCUAGAUCUUAAAAGAUUUAGUGAUCAAUGUCACAUAUGACUAAAUACUGAAAAUUUCACUGAAUGUACUGUACUACUGAUGAUAUUCACCUUGCAAACAUACUUCAUUUCCAGUCAGAUACUGAAUUGUAAAUGAUUUAUAAUAUACAAUGUAUGGCAAUAUGAAUAUUAUUGUUUUACUUUUUUGUGAUGACAGGUUAAAUAAAUGAAUGGUUACCAUAUUUUGGUAACUUCUAGGCAACAACAUUUAUUAGCUUCACACAAACCUUUUAGAGUCUUGCAAAUGGUCAACUGAUAAUGAUACAGGUGUCGUCAUUUUUAUUUAUGUCUUCCAGCAAUACUGUUGCCUUAUUUUGUAUUCUCCACUCAAGAUAAAUUACUUAAUUAGCAGUAAGAUCAUAUAUUAAUGUUCUACCCACAUCUCAGUUCCUUUCCACAUAAAAUAAAGCCAAAUAUAUCUCCUUGUGCAGACUAAUUUGGUAAAGGAAAUGAGUCGAGGAGCAAAAUGUUACAUAAAAAAAAAAUCACUGUUUAAAAAUGUUGUAUGUUUUAUUGUGGAUCUUUAGUGUUACGGUCGACCCACAUUAGCCAGUUUUGUGUGAAUCAUGCCCAACAAGUUAUUGUGGCUGUGGGCAAGCAGUGUUCCAGCUGGAGUCCCCCAAUUCACCAAAUUUAUUAAUGCUAAAUGCUGUUCAACUUAAUUGCAGUUUGCAUAAAUGCCACCACUUGAGAGACAGGCUCAUUUAAAGGGGCCCUCUGACAAUUUGCAAAUUCUGUUGUGCACUGCUGCCAAUGGGCAAAGAAAGGAUGAAUCGUCAUUUGUCUUGUUGACUUUCUAUCUUCAUUUUAAAUUAGAAUCAGGGAGGAAGUGAAUGAUGACAAAUGGAGUAGUUGUGUAUAAGCGGGAGGUACAAAUGGCAGCAGUGGCUGAGAGCUAGAGGCCUGAAGACUGCUAACGCCAAGGGUGUAAUAACACGGAGUAAGAAGUGUUUUGGUAACUGUUAUCAUAACUCUGUAGGUGACGUUCAGUACCUCAGUCACACUCAAUCUUAUGAGGCAAUGCCAACUAAGGCUAACCAUGGCUCUGUGAGUAUGUGUAUGUAAAUGAUUUGUUCCCACAAUGGGGUGGAUUUUAUGGAGGGACAUAUCUUCAGAGGUAAAAGUUGCCCUGCACAUUACUAACAGUGGCUACCCCAGACUGACAACAUGCUAUUCUAACUAAAAUGUAAUUUUAGCCAGCUGGCAUAUAUUAAUAUUUAUAAGAUCAAACCACUCAUAACUAUAUAAUGUCUGGACAAGUUUACAAUUCCUUUAAAAAUGGGAAGGGGCAGUGUAAGACCAACAAGAUGUACCAAAUUCUCAGUGAUACCAGAUUACUUAUUUUAGGUUAAGUACAAUCAUUUUAAAAUUUUUCAAAGCUAUUUUAUGAUGUAACCCCUUACACAUCUUCCAGAUAUGCACAUCCUACAAUUUUUGAAUAAAC